AUGGGCUCUCUGUGCUGGGGUACCGGCCCGUUCCCAGGCGGGGAGCCGGAGCCCGAGCCUGGGGGCGGCCGCUCUGAGGCCGCAGCUGCUGCUGCUGCCGCCGGGGAGGGUACAUCGGGCGGCCCCGGGAACAGGCAGCACUGCCGCCCCCAGGAGGAGAGGGUACAGGCGGCCAGCUGCAGCACGGAGAGCCGGCACCGACAGGCGGAGGCUGCGGGGGAGAGCAGGCUGCUGGAGACAGGCGAAGACAUCGCCCUUAAAUACAUCCGGCCGGAUGAGUGUGUGAGAUACAUGAGAGUGUGUGUGGAUCCAGCUAUUCUGGAAGAUGUUGGCGCAUAUAUUCUGCUUGAUGUUCUCAACUCGCUUGAAUCUGAAUAUAGCAGAACUUCCUGA